AUGAAAGCAUUGCAACACAAGAUAUUAAAUGCACACCCCGACGCAUUAACUUACCUGGCACUUGCCACGCAAGAGAGGAUCAGAGAAUUAGUUGAGGCAAUGAUAGCUGCAAAAAACCAUCGAAUACAUUCUGAACGUAUAAAUAUUCCACCUAGCACUGAUGGUAAACCUCCUAUGUAUAAAGAAGUCAUCAGUUUAGAUGUGAGAUCGCAAUUAGCUGCAAUGGAAAAAGUAGAAAGAGAGCAAGAACGCAAAAGGCGAGAGUCAUUGGCCGGUCCAUCACAAGAGUCUAAUGCGGAAGACGAGAAGAUGGAGGACGUAAGAGAAUCGACGGAAGCGCAGACACAACCACAAAAACGCUAUAAACGACAAAAGAAAGAUAGAGAUUCCUCAGCAGCAUCACAAAGAAGUAAAUUUACUAUCGAGUCCAUCUCAAAGAGUACCAAUCAAACUGCAUUGGUAGCUGCUGGAGGAUUAACAAAGAGUUGGAUGUUGCCACCAAAGGAAAUUUCGUCGUAUCCUUCUACUACAAAUGGUACCUCGUCCAAUAACAAGCUAGCACGUGUUCGAGCACGUUUAACUUCAGAUGAACGAAUGAAACAGGAGGACGGCAGUGAAGGUCCAUUCAAUUCUCAGAUCGCCUCUACAUUCCACACGUCAGAAAGAUUUAGCGGUCUAGGCAGAUAUCAGUCGAACGGAACGAAUGAGGUUGUACCGACGGUUACGGUGAAAGAUGCACUGUUUGUUCUCGAAAGAGAUCGUGGUGGUGGUGGUCAAGCUGGUGGCAGUCGAGAAGUUUUAAUGAAGGUAUUUAGUUGUUAA